UAGGUGCUCAGUUAUUUUAGAGCCUGUUUCCGGCCGGUUUUUACCAAAAUAAUAGUCUUGUUUGUUUUUUUCCCGAGCAAACGGGUGGCAGGAGCUCAGGGCUUGUUUUUGGGGUUGGUUUUUCCUUUGUUUCCCUGAGCUGGCUGUGUUUUGAUACCCACCCUCAGUCGCGGGAUGGGAUGUGUUUGGUCACUUUUGGAUGUGUCUGAUCACCUUUCCCCACCCCACCCCCCCCCAAAGGAGGACAAUCCAUGCCAGCAGGGCCGGUGGGAGACACAAAGUCCAAACUGAGCGGCGCCGUGACUUUUUCCAGGAUUUAUCCCGAGCUCUGCUUCCAGCCGGGGGCUGUUCUGUCGGGCUUUGCUCAAGUGCUGGCUCAGCAGGUCAGAAAUGGAGAGCUGGGAAAGCUCACAGGCUCCUCAGGCUGGGAAAAAUCGAAAGAAGGGCAGGGACGGGGCUUAGGAUGCCUUGGGAAUUCUGGGAUCCUGAGGCCGGAGUUGCUCGGUGUUUUGCUGUGCUCCCAUCUGAAAAACAACGCCGAAAUUUAUUUAUUUUAAAAAUUAUUUUAUUUAUGUUUUUAGGUUGUUGGGGUUUUUUUUUUUUUUGUUUUUUUGUUUUUUUUUUUAAGAAGCGGCAGGGAUUUAGCCACGGAGUGAGAGCACAGAAGAAUUUAGGGCUAGCCCCGCGUGACAAAUCCCUGCCUGGUAUGUGUGUGUGUGUGUGUAUAUAUAUCUAUAUUUUAAUAUAAAUAUGGUCAGGCUCAUCCUGGCUGUCUCCUUUUAAGGCAGUAUUCCAGGAGCACCAAAUCCCCAACCUGCCCUUCCAGCAGCAGUUCUUUGGGAAGCGUGGCAGCCUCGUUGCCCGCACAAAGGCGUUCGGGACGGUGUCUUUGGGGCAGAGGGAGCAGAGCGAGCUCCCGUCUCGAAAACACAAUUAAACAAUCUGCAAACUGAAUGGUGGCCGGAGCCCGAGGCUGUUAAACGCGGAGCUGAUUGUUUCACGGUCUCCUGCACAGGAAAGAGCGCUGGCUUUGCGUUCUGUCCAUCCCCUUCCUGGGAAGGAAAAAAAAAAAAAAAAAGAUGAAAGCAGUGUGCGCUCUGUCUCAGCCCCGUUUGUCUCCCCGGCAGAUCCUGCGUGGCUCCCGCCGGGGCUGCCAGCCAUGCGCACGGCAGGAUGAAGCUGCAGGCGGUGGUGGAGCAGCUGCAGAAGCAGAAGCAGCAGCAGCAGCAGCAGCAGCAGCCCGCGGUGCCCAUGGAUUGCCGGGAACGCCGCCGGGAGCCGCAGGUGCCGUUCCCGACGCCGCCGCCCUUCCCUGCCCAACCCCGCGCCGGCCCCGCCGGGAUGUCACCCGCUGUCCCCUCGGGAUGUCACCCCCCUCCCUCCGCCGCCAGCCGGCCCUUGGAGCAGAGCGCCAGGAACUCCGAGGAUGAGGAGGAGGAGGACGACGAGGAUGACGAUGAAGAGGAGGACGAAGAAGACGGCGCCGAGCUGGAGGUGCCCGGCCGGGAAAGCUGCUCUGCCCUCAAGUAUUUCCGUGCUCCUAAAGCCGCCCAUCCCAACCAAAGAGUGGCCUCCAGCCCCGUGCCAGCCCUGGGGCACCAGCAGGGCAAGGAGGAGCAGGGCAGGGACUCUGCCAAGCAUCCCGGAGCUCCGGCGGGGCGCCCCGGCUGGCGCCUGGAGGAGCAGCUCAAACAGCUUUACGAACUUGACAGCGAUCCCGAGCGGAAGGAAUUCCUGGAUGACCUCUUCAUCUUCAUGCAGAAGAGGGGAACUCCCAUCAACCGGAUCCCCAUCAUGGCCAAGCAGAUCCUGGAUCUCUACAUGCUCUACAAGCUGGUGACUGAGAAGGGUGGGCUGGUGGAGAUCAUCAACAAGAAGAUCUGGAGGGAGAUCACCAAAGGCCUUAACCUGCCCACCUCCAUCACCAGCGCCGCCUUCACCCUGCGCACGCAGUACAUGAAGUACCUCUAUGCCUACGAGUGUGAGAAGAAGUCCCUGAGCUCCCCGGCCGAGCUCCAGGCCGCCAUCGACGGCAACCGGCGCGAGGGCCGCCGGCCCAGCUACAGCUCCUCCAUGUUCAGCUUCUCACCGUCCACGCCAGGGCCUCCUUCCCUGCUGUCCCCUCCCAAAAUCCGCUUCCCCAUCAUUGGCGUGGCGCCGGGCAGCGGGACCAGCAGCCCCCGGGUGUCACCGGCCGUUAGGAAAGGUGACGGCGUGCCCCUGACCGUGUCGAUGCCGAGCCGCAUCGCCGUGCCGGUGACCCUGGGUGGCCAGCAGGGCUCCGUGGCGGCCAGGACGGCCACGCUGGAGCAGCUGAGGGAGAGGCUGGAGGCGGGGGAGCCCCCGGAGAAGAAGGUGACGCGGAUGACGGAGGAGGAGCAGCGGCUGGUGCAGCAGGCGCUGCAGCGUAACCUGUUCACCAUGGCCCGGCAGAUCCCCAUGAAGAUCAAAAUCAAUGGGAAAGACAAGGCUGACACGGCGGCAGCGGCACUGAACCUGUCCCCCAACGGCAUCGGGAGCAUCAACAUGUCUGUGGAGAUCAAUGGCACCACCUAUGCUGGAGUGCUGUUUGCCCAGAAGCCCGUGGUGCAGCUCCUGGCCGGCUCGGGCACGCAGAGCUCGUGCAGCAGCAGCUCCAGCAGCUCCAGCAGCAGCUCCAGCAGCUCCCACUGCUCCCCCAGCCCUACCUCAUCGCGGGGCACACCCAGCGCAGAGCCCUCCACCAGCUGGUCCCUCUGACGGGCACGCCCGGCCCCGGGAGUGCACACAUACCUCAUCUCAAGGAACCUGCUCUCGUGGCUGGCCAGCAGCAGGAGGAAGGGGAGGAUGAUGAUGGUGGUGGUGGUGAAACCUUUCCAUGCCAGCGAGUUUUCCUUCAUCGUCUCUUUGUCCGGCCUGGUUUUGCUUUGUUGCCCCCCCUUUUCCUUCUUCCCUCGUGCUCUUCGUUGUCUCCUCCUCCCGGGGUUUGUGGUGUUCCCGUGGAAGUGGGGGCACACCCGGCGUUUCUCAAUCAGGGAUGGGCUCCGGGCGUGGCCGGGACCUCACCAGGGCAGGGAAAGGGCCGGGGCUGGGGCUGGGAAUCCUGGUCCUGCUGGAACCAGGGGCCUCCAGGGCUCUUCCCACCCACAGCUCCGUGUUUUGACAAUCCUGAGAGCCGGGGGGUGCCUGGCCCUGUUCUCCCAUGGCAAUAUUCUUGUGUUCCUUCCUGCUGUGUCCCCCCCAUCCUCCUCCUCUCCACGGUUUUGGCACCAUCGGCUGCUCGGUCCUGGCUGGUGCCACCUCACCCCUCGAGUGCUGAGUGUCCCUGUGUCCCCUGAGGAGUGACACGGACAGCCUGGGUGUGCUGGGGCUCCGUGUCUCACCCCUCCAGGCUCCCUGGAGCAGCUCUGGAAGCUGUGCAGGGCUGUGUGCCGAGCACAGGGGUGCUGGUGGGGAUGGCGAGUGUGGGGAUUUGGGGCUCUGAACAAACCCCCUUCCAGCUGUACCCCCGAGCAGGGCAGACCUGCUGCUCACCAGGGAGAAGCAGAGCGCAGGGAAUCCAGCCCUUCCUUGCCCUGGAAGCAGAGCUGGAGUUCCCUGGCUCUGUGAAUCAGCUGCUGGAGUGGCCUCGUGCUGUCCCCCUGUCCCUGUGGCCUUUCCCCGUGCCCCUGCCCUGGUGACAUUCCUCCCAUCCCUCCUGCCCUGGUGACAUCCUUCCCGUGCUCCGGACCCAAGUCAGGUUUUUUUGAGCAGACGAAAUACCUCAGAUAUGUAACUUGUUGGGUUGGUUUUGUUUGUGUUGGGUUGGUUUUGUUUUCGUUUUGUUUUUUUUUUUUUUUUAUCCUCUUCAGGAAGUAUUGGCAUAUCCUAUCGCUUGGGGGUUUUCAUAGGUGGGUUUGCUGACUUUGUGUUUGCUUCUGUUUGUAUUCACUUUUAAAUGCAUCACCAAAGACAGGGAGUUCAAACAAGGCUGAGCAGAGGAGCAGAGGCUUCCCCACCCUCCAGGAGCAGAAUUCCAGCAUUAUCCCAGGACAUGUGCAUGGCAGGACAGCGGGAAAACGGGCCAGGAGUGAUCGCUUUCCCGAGCUCCGGGCUUUCCUGCUGCCCCGCAGUCCUGAGGACUCUCUGGGAUCAGGAGAAGGGAAUGCACAUGUCCUGAGGGGGAUGCUGCUCCCGGCUGUCCCAGCCUGCUGCUUUCAGAGGGAGCCGUGCCCUCCCUGUGGGCGGGGAGGGGGGGGGAAGCCGGGCUGACCCCGUGGCAUUUCAUCCCCGCAGACUCCCAGAGGAUUUUCUGGGACUCAAACAGAUGAUUUUUUUAAAUCUCUUUUGUUUUGUUUUGUUUUGGUUGUUUUUUUUUUUUCAUUAUUAUUUUAUUCGGGCGUGGGGUUGGGGCUGUUUCCUCUGAGUGGGACUGGGGCACUUUUCUGCUUUUCCCGGCUGCUCCGGGGUGGGGUUGCUUUGUCUCACUUGCUAACGUCGUGUUUUCUUGCACAGAAAGGCACUCGAAUCACUGAACUGCUUGGACACUACUAGAGUAUUAAUGUUUAUAAGCUUUACUCAACCUAGACUGGAACUAGCCAGGGACUAACAGAUUGUUUUGUAUCCAAUUCAGGGAAAGAAUCAGGUCGGGAAGCGUUAACAGAUACCUCAGUUAAAUAAGCUGCAACAAUAAACCGGUCCUUUUCCCAGCCCAGGGUGACAAGGACCAUCCAGACUGUGAAGAGUUAACCCUUUCCCUCAGCCUGGCUUUGGCCCUGGCAGCCUGAGCUGCGGGUCUCCUGCUGAGCUGCCAGGCUUUGGGUUCGGGGUGCUGGAAACCAGCAGCAGAGCGGGGAAGGCUGAGCGGGGUCCGCCCCAGCCCCGGGCAGUACUCAGGGUUUGAUGCUGCGAGCAGGACGUUCCCGAGGGCAGCGCUCCUCCGCUUUGCAGCGUCGCUCCAUCCUCUCCCCCAGCUCCACACACCGGCCACAAACCCCCAGCUCUCUCCCCCCGGCUCUUCCAGGGGAGGGGGGGGGAGGAGGGAAGCAGCCCCGGGGCUGCGGGGAAGGCAGGGAGGGAGGGUGGCAUCGGGGGAGUCUGCGUGUGCCUGCUCGGCCCCGCGGCCAACGCGGGGACUGCGAUCGGAUGUUCUCUCCAAACAGCUGCAGCAGCCUUGCUAACUAGUUUUCUUACCUAUUUAAAAGAGAAAAAAAAAUAAUAAAAUAAGUAAAUAAAAACAAAUGUGAUAGCCUAGGCGGUGGAUAAAUACCUCAACGUCUCCUUCCAACAAGUGUCUGUAUAUGUUGUUGUUGGGUUUUUUCUAUCUUACAGGUUAUCUGAAUGUUUAUAUUCCAAUAAACUUCUACCUCUUCA